AUGGCGGACCACAACCAAGCCAGCCGCUCAGCCAAGGCUGAUGAGCUCCUGGACGGUCUGAAUGCGGUGAGCAGUCAUCUCGCGUCGCGAAGUUUCCUCCAGCACUUGACAGCGUCGCGUCUGCCCUCUGCUGCAGUCAGCGAUUCGUCCUCGCUGGGCCCCACCAAGGAGGAAGCACGGUCGCCUGCACGGAGACCGCAUCUCAAUAUCGCCGCCGCUUUCGAAGACGAGAUCGAGCACGUGGAUCUAAUCGCUCCCCUGAUUCAGGAGCCUUGCGCCGACGGCAGCACCGGCAGCGUCGAGCAGCGCGUCAUCGACCAACUAGAGGUGGCCUUUGUGUGUGCGCAUCGCGCCUACGCUGAGAUGGCUGCAGAGCGAAGCUUCCAGACCUUCUCGCAUGGCCACCAGGACCUCGUACUCGCUGUCGACUUCAACUACUUCGGCACGCGCAUGGUCACGGCAAGCUCAGAUCACCGCGUCAAGGUCUGGGACAAGAAGGACGAUUCGUGGACCUUGGUCGAGAGCUGGAAAGCUCACGAUGCCGAGAUUGUCGAUGUCAAGUGGAACGGCCCCUUCAUGGGCGAGGUUGUCGGUAGUAUUGGUGAAGAUGGUCGCUGCAAGAUCUGGCAAGAGGACGUCACCGAGGUGGCCAUGUCUGGCAACCGCUUCAAGCUGGUCUACGUACUCCCUUCAUUGACCAACGCGCCGUUCAUGUCUUUGGACUUCAAGAACAUCAUGCAGGAGACCUGGCUCGCGCUCAUCACCCGCGACGGCUAUCUCACUGUGUACGAGCCCCAGGAUCAGAACAAUCUCCACGAAUGGACUAUCCUGGCAGAGCGCUGGGUCUCCGAGAACAACCCUCCCGAGCGCCAAGAGGAGGUAGGCUUCAAGGUCGUCUUUCACAAGGAGAAGCUACCCUGUUGGACCGCCAUCACCGCUGGCCUUGACCGCAAGUCGCUAUCCCUCGCUGUUGCUGCUAUGAAAGAUGUCCUUGUCUUCCGCACCGACAAGGCCAAGCGCUUCUUCCAAGUUGCGAAGCUAGAGGGUGCUCGUCAGAUCAUUCGAGACCUAGCCUGGGCGAAUGGUUCUAUGCGAGGUUACGACAUCUUGGCCACAGCUAGCAAAGACGGCGCUAUUCGCAUCUAUGAGCUUCGUACGCAGACCGAGGAUAGGAACACUGCAUCUGGAGAAGCAUCGUCUUCCGCUCCGCUUUCAGUCUCUCCUCGAGGCCAUCGACAGAACGCCCCAUCUGGUAUCGGAGCUGGACUGGCAGGAGCUUCCAAGGCCCCCGACACUUCCAUUGAGAACGAGCAGUAUCCUGGUCGCAUCAAGCAGAAGGUAGAGAUGACCGAUGAGCUUACCAAUCAUCACGGAGCGGUUUGGCGUGUCGCGUUCUCGCAGAUGGGUGAUCUUCUAGUCACUACUGGAGAUGACGCUAGCAUUCGUACCUGGAAGAGGGCUGCUGAUGGCCACUGGCAGGAAUAUGCCCAGAUUGAGACCGCUCAAGAUAACUAA